UCACACACAUUCAGCUAUUGAAGUGGUAGCAAUUUUUUUCCUUCUCCUUUUUCAAAGGCGGCAAUGAGGAACUGUAAAGGGAACUAUAUAAGACCAAGGAAUAAAAUGUGUGCCAUGGUCCUAAAUACUAUUGAAGAUCUCAUUUCUGAAAUUGAAAAAGAACACAUCCUGGGUAUCAAAUGUGAACACGAUCUGUUAAGACGUAGAUUUCUGUCAGAAGAAUACACCCAGCAAAGUGAGCUAUCUACCGAACAACCUGCCAUCAAUUGUAAUGCAUAUCGUUACUACCUAUCUGAUAUUUGGGCGAACAUGGACUCCACCAGAUAUGCUCUUGGGGUGAAGCAGGGAACAAUUGGAGAGUUUAAGAGAUGCAAAAAAAAGUAUGCCCUAUUCAUUUGAUGCCCCGAGCAGCAUAGAGUACCA